AUGGGUCGUUGCAGUAACUGCAGCGACGAGCGAGACAGUAUGAGAAGGUCACCAUCAUCUAUUGACGAAAGUUUCAGAGGUUAUAGAACCAGAAGUUGUCCCUCGUGUGGUCAUCAGAUCAAAUGUCAAGACAAGGCUGGAAUACAUGAUCUGCCGGGGCUGCCGGCUGGAGUGAAGUUUGAUCCAAGUGACCAGGAGCUUCUUGAACAUUUGGAGGCGAAGGUGCGGUUGGAUGCUCAUAAGCUUCAUCCCCUAAUUGAUGAGUUCAUCCCUACACUGGAUGGAGAGAAUGGAAUUUGCUAUACCCACCCAGAGAAAUUACCAGGAGUAAACAAAGAUGGCCAAAUACGACAUUUCUUCCAUAGACCUUCCAAAGCAUACACUACCGGAACUCGGAAAAGAAGAAAAGUUCACACGGACAUCGACGGGAACGAAACACGGUGGCACAAAACCGGGAAGACAAGGCCAGUUUUCGUAAAAGGCAAAGUGAAAGGGUACAAGAAGAUACUUGUGCUCUACACCAACUAUGGAAAACAAAAGAAGGCUGAGAAAACAAAUUGGGUGAUGCAUCAAUACCACAUUGGCAAUAAUGAGGAUGAGAAAGAUGGAGAGUUAGUAGUUUCAAAGGUUUUCUACCAAACUCAGCCUAGACAAUGUGGUUCCAUUGUGAAGGACUCAUCGCCUGCGAAAUCAAACGGUCGAAGUGGGCGCGAUGAUCCUCAUCUUAAAGACACUGCCUUUGUUGAAUACUGCAAUCCUUCUCUCAUCUCUUUCAAUCAAAGUGAGCAGAAUCAUUCGACUGCUCGGCUGAUUUCAAAUUUUAAUGUCCCUCAUGGUUCUUUUAUUCCUUGA